AUGUCGCCGAGCACCCCCUUCAAGCCCACUGAUCCGAACGUCAAGCUCUACAGUCUUGGCGACUUUGAGCUCCUCUCCGGCGAGACGAUUCCCGAUGCGCACAUUGCCUAUCGUACCUAUGGAAAUGCGAGCAACCCCGCCAUCGUCUACCCCACCUGGUUUUCCGGCACCAUCACCGAUGGCAACGAGUGGCUGAUUGCUUUGCCCGGCCAGCAGCCUUCCACGCGCUCGCUCGACCCUGCCAAAUUCUUCAUCAUCGUGCCGGCGCUGUUUGGCAACGGAGAGUCUUCCUCGCCCUCGAACCACCCUCUCGGUUUCGAUUUGCCUCGAGCUACCUUUUACGACAACGUCCGUGCGCAGCAUAAGCUCGUCUACGAGCAUCUUGGCGUGCAAGGCAAAGUUGUUGUGACUGGCUGGUCCAUGGGCGCAGCACAGACCUUCCAGUGGGCCUCGCAGUUCCCAGACUCGGUGCGUGCAGCGGUCCCCUUUUGCGGAUCUGCACGAACCGCGAUCCAUAACUGGGUGUUCCUCGAAUCGCUUGUCAGCACGCUUCAGCUCGACUCCAAGUGGAACGGCGGCAAGUAUGACGCCAAUGAUCCGCCCGUAGCCGGCCUCAAGGCGUUCGGCACCAUUUAUUCCGGCUGGGGUUUCAGUCAGGCCUUCUACCGUGAACACGGCUUUAAAAAGCACUUUGGUAUCGACGGCGGCAGUGCUAUCCUCGAUCAGUUCUGGCACACUUGGUCGACUUCGAAAGACGCCAACAACCUUCUCUACAUGCUGUAUACCUGGAAGCAUGGCGACGUGGGAGCCCAACCCCUCUAUGCCGGUGCCAGCAAGCGAGAUGUCCCGCAGUCCAAGCAAGGCAGAUUCGGCGUCCGAGGCGACGGAGGUGCAGUGACAAAGCAAGACGACGAGGCGUUUGAGAGGGCGCUCAAGGGGAUCAAGUGUCCGACGCUCAUUGUGCCGUGCAAGACGGAUUUGUACUUUCCUCCGGAAGACUCGGAGGAGGAGGCAAAGAUCAUGGGCAAUACGGCGACAUUGGAGGUGAUUCCUAGCAUCUGGGGUCAUUGGGCAGGUGGUCCAGGCGAUGCAAAGGACGACGUUCAAUGGCUCGACGACAAGAUCUCUAGCUUUUUCCUCAAGCAUAGCAUCCUGUGA